AUAUUCGCCACUAACCCCGCCGACAACAAAUUGGUUUCCUGUCAAAGGUGUCACCAUUGCAGAUGGUUCGUCACAUUGCAAUCAAUUCCUGUGCAAUGUUGAACUCGAGAAAUUGAAUGUACACUCCUCAGGCUCAUAUCGUUGCGAAGUAUCCGGCGAUGCGCCCGAAUUUAAAUUGAUUGAUAAAACAGCAAAUAUAACAGUUGGCAUUCUACCCAAAUUCGAUCCGCUCAUCAGUGGUGUUAAACAUUCAUACAAAUAUGGUGAUUUUCUGCUGGCCAACUGCAGUUCGGAAUGGUCGAAUCCUCCGGCGACACUCACUUGGUACAUCAACAACAAAACGGCACCACCGAACAGCCUUCAACCGCAAAUCAAUGAAAUCACACGCAACGCAGAGGGCUUCGUCCUUUACACAAGCAACAUGCAGCUACGCAUCCACAUCGACGAUCCACGUUUCAUAGGGAAAAGUGAAGCUUUGGAAUUGAAAUGCGUCGCCGAUAUUUUGGGCAUUGAAAGUCUGCGUAAGCAAACCAAAGCCAAGGUUAAAAUAUUGGCACUGAAGGAUGCCGGUCACAAGCAGCGUUUCUUGGAUCAAGGGAAUAUUAACGCAAAUUCUGCUGGAGAUUCCUUGAGCGGCAUUAUGGGUUUAGUCUGGAUUUUGGGCGUUUCAAAUUUACUGCAAGUAAAAUUAAUGUGGACUGGAGUACGUAUACUGUUUCGGUUGUGCUGUAGUUAACUUUAUUUCGUUUUAUGAAUUUUAAUAUAAAUUUUUUAAUUAAAAGAAAAUAUGAAAAAAUAUGAAAUGAAAGAAAAAUCAAAUUAAAUAAAAUAAUACUCAAAUAAAAGCAACAAAAAAAAAACAAGAGAGAAAAAUAAAUGCGCACUUUACAAUGAAAUUAAAGCUUCAAUGCACAUAUUUUAAAAUUAA